CAGCGACCCAGUGACGCUGGCGCCCACCCACUCACAUCACAGGUGCUGCGGGAGUUAGAGGAAUGUCUGUCAGUCUCCAGCAUCUGUCUCCUUCUCUCCCUGGUGCUGUUUUUUUCUUGGAUUCUGAACAUCAGUUCAGUCUUUCUCCCCCGGCUUUUUUUUUUUUUCCAUCCCUGCCUCAGAGCUGAGAGAGGACCAUGAAUCUGAGCUCUGUCUGCUGUGAUUUUCAGCAUUCAGACAAACCCGUGUGUUAGGACGCGCCCCACUCAUCAUCACUGGGCAGCCCAUGCACAUGCACGACACCAUGGGUAGCUCCCCCGAGGUGCUAUCAUGGACUUCCUGCCCUAGUCUGCUGGUGGGCAAGCUGAAAGAGGAGCUCAAACUCACCGUGGUUGGGGACGCCAUGAAGAAAUCAAACUCACCCAACUCCCAACCCCAGCCUCCUCAGGCCCCUCCCUCUAAUUUACCUCCUCAGAUCAUCACAGACCUGGCCCCACCUACACACUUGCCUGUUCCCAUCCAGACGCUGCAGACGCCUGGACAGGACGAGGACUCAGUGCUAGGGGGUAUAAGCCCCCCAAACACGGCCUUGAGCGUGGACUCAACGCGGAGUGAGGGCGGGCACUUCGACAACAGUGUGCUCCAGCUGCAGGAGCAGGACCAUGAAGAAGCUGGGUCCCCGGCAUCCUGUGAGCACGGCGGGUGUGGCAGUGGGAUGGAGGAGCAGAUGGGAGAAGGGGACUGUCCCAUGGACCAUAGUGGAGAGGGGAGACAGAGCCACACACAUCACCCUGACGACAUCAAGCUGCACUUCCAGAGAGCAGGGCCUGGGUCAGGGGGCUUCUUAGAGGGGCUCUUUGGCUGUCUUCGGCCUGUUUGGAACAUCAUAGGGAAAACAUACUCAACUGAAUACAAGCUACAACAGCAAGACAUGUGGGAGGUUCCAUUUGAGGAGAUUUCGGAGCUGCAGUGGCUGGGCAGCGGUGCGCAGGGGGCUGUCUUCUUGGGAAAGUUCCGCUCUGAGGAGGUGGCCAUCAAGAAAGUGCGCGAGCAGAAGGAGACUGACAUUAAACACCUGAGAAAACUCAAGCAUCCCAACAUCAUCAGCUUUAAGGGCGUGUGCACUCAGGCACCGUGCUACUGCAUCAUCAUGGAGUACUGUGCACAGGGUCAGCUGUACGAGGUGCUAAGGGCGGGGAGGAAAGUGACCCCCAGGCUGCUGGUGGACUGGGCCACAGGCAUCGCCAGUGGCAUGAACUACCUACACCUUCACAAGAUCAUCCACAGAGAUCUGAAGUCUCCCAAUGUUUUGGUCACCCACAACGACACUGUGAAAAUCUCUGACUUUGGAACGUCCAAAGAGCUCAGUGACAAAAGUACAAAGAUGUCAUUUGCCGGUACGGUGGCCUGGAUGGCCCCAGAAGUGAUAAGAAAUGAGCCUGUGUCUGAGAAGGUAGACAUCUGGUCAUUUGGAGUUGUGUUGUGGGAACUGCUGACUGGAGAGAUUCCCUACAAAGAUGUAGACUCCUCAGCCAUUAUUUGGGGUGUUGGCAGCAACAGUCUUCACCUUCCUGUGCCCUCCACAUGCCCAGAUGGCUUCAAAAUCCUCAUGAAACAAACAUGGCAAGGCAAGCCCAGGAAUAGGCCUUCGUUUCGUCAGAUUCUCCUACACCUCGACAUUGCAUCUGCCGACGUCCUUGGAGCUCCUCAGGAGACUUACUUCAAGUCCCAGGCAGAAUGGAGGGAGGAAGUGAAGAAACAUUUUGAGAAGAUCAAAAGUGAAGGCACCUGCAUCCACAGGUUGGACGAGGAGCUGAUCCGGCGCAGGAGGGAUGAACUCAGGCAUGCACUGGACAUUCGCGAGCACUAUGAGAGGAAACUGGAGAGAGCCAACAAUCUCUACAUGGAGCUCAGUGCCAUCAUGCUGCAGCUGGAGGUCCGGGAGAAGGAACUAAUGAAGAGAGAGCAGGCAGUGGAGAAGAAAUACCCCGGGACCUACAAGCGACACCUGGUCCGACCCAUCGUCAGGUCCAACGCUGUAGAGAAGCUCAUCAAGAAGAAAGGAAGCAUUUCCCACAAACCUGGGAUGCCCCCCACGAAAAGGCCUGACUUGCUUCGUUCUGAUGGCAUCCCUAGUGUUGACCCUCUCCCCUCCCCCUCACCACUGUCUGCCAGCCCGAAGGUCUCUACUCCCCCUGGUAAAGCCCGCUACCGAAGCAAGCCUCGUCACCGCCGCGCCAACAGCAAAGGAAGCCACAGCGAGUUCCCUGGUGUGCUGAAGCCUGUUGUUGGGGCGACGGAAGAAACCCAGUCUCUCCAGGAGCAGCCGCUCCACCAUCUUCUCCACCACCACCACCACCACCACCACCACCACCUACCAAAUGAGGGGCCCCUCCUCCCCUUGAAGGGCCGUGAGGAGGCCGUUGUCAACUGUGCCAACAACCUGCGCUACUUCGGCCCUGCCGCUGCCCUCCGUAGCCCUCAGACGGACCACCUGCAGCGCCAUGUUUCCGGUUCCAGCCCCGACCUCAUUUCCACUGCUGUGGAUGCGGACACGCGACAGCGGACUUCAUCCACCAGCUCCAAUCCUGUCCCAGGUGCUGCAGCUGGUACUUUGUGCCCCUGCUGCCAGGCGCACCCCUUCCCUGGCUGCCUACACUGUCAGGAGACCCUGCCUGCAUCCAGCCACCCAGAGCUACCCCACUACUCGCUGCUAAGCACCCAAGAAGGGACUCAGUCUUCUUUAGGGGCACCCAGCAAAGAUCAAGCUUCGGAUGGGGAGGCCACAAAGAAGGCUGAUUCAAAGGAACAGGAGGCAUCCCAACACACACACACCCUGCCCACUGCACUGCCCCACACUCUCAGACCACUCAGGAAGGGUGGAGAUGAGUCAUCUGAAGAGGAAGAGGGAGAGGUGGAUAGUGAAGUGGAGUUUCCACGGAGACAGAGACCUCAUCGCUGCAUGAGCAGCUUCCAGUCCUACUCCACAUUCAGCUCAGAGAACCUGUCGGUGUCCGACGGAGAGGAGGGAAACACCAGCGACCACUCCCACAGCGGACCUCUGGAGAGGCUGAGCGCCAGUCAGGAGGAGCACCUGGACGAGCUGCUGUCGCACACACCAGACAUCCCCAUCGACAUCUCCACCCAGUCAGACGGCCUCUCUGACAAGGAGUGCGCUGUCCGCAGGGUCAAGACCCAAAUCUCCUUGGGAAAACUGUGCUCCGAUGAACACAGCUAUGAGAAUCCGCUACAGUUUGGAGACUCAGACUGUGAUUCGUCAGAAGCAGAGUGCUCCGAUGCCACCAUUAGAAACAACAAGGUCGGGGCCCCUUCCUCGUGGUGAAAGGGCUCUGAUCUGUUUUUGCCUGGAGGCCAUUGUGUCCCACUCUGCCCUGCAGAAAAUACAGCAAUAAGAGGAUGACAUUGUAAAGAUAGUUCCCUAUAGCAAAGCCCCAUGCAAUCUCUCCCAGAGCCUCCCCCUACCCUCCCCUACAUGAGACCCACUCCCCUUCAUCUCUAGCACAGCAUCCAGGCAACCCAUGGCAGGGAUUCCCUUUUUGAAUGAUGAAUUUAAUGUACAGUAGAUAGUGUAACAUUCAUAAUUUAUUUUUGUCUGAGUUUUGGAGGAAAAUUCAGGACCUGUUUGUUCUCUGAUCUAAACAGAGAAAAAAAAACUGACAUUUUGAAACUGAGCAUGGGCUAACUGUGUGUUGAGGAGAGACUGAGACUGGAUGAAGAUGCUGAUAAUGAUGAUGAUGAUGAUGAUGAUGAUGAUGAUGAUGAUGAUGAGAAGGAUUACUUGUUGAAGUGCUGAUCUAUCUGAGGCUGACAGCUGGGCAAAGUUACAUCACUGGGGUGUUGGUCUCUCAGGUGACUGAUGCAGACACGUGUCACUACAAGCCUUUUGAUCUGGCUGCAGUGGCUCUCAACAUCUUACUGUUAUAGAUCCAAAACCCCAGCCAACAGGCACUCUCUCUUACUACAGUUUGAUCAACUUGCUUUAUCAUGAGUUUACAGCGCAGUAGCCCCAGUACCCCGCCUCCUCCACUUCCAUCCCGUCCCCAGCAGGGAACAGGGAGCUCAUGGAAACAGUGUGAACACCAGCAUGAAACAACCUGCCUCGCAACCGGACUUUCCUCCUUUCCCUAAAUCCACCGUACGUGUGUAGUCAUCCGGAAGCCCCUCCCCCUGACGAACUGUCCGAGCAUGUCUGUGCAGCUCGCAAAAAUGCAAAAGCUGCCAGAAGACUGCAUGAAGUGGACAAGCAAGCAGAGCAACAGAGAUGAAGACUCACCUGACAGCUGACGAAAAAAAAAAGAGACUCUUCCUCUCUGACCCUGCUCAUCCUUCUCUCAAAGACACGCCUAAGUCGUCGUCAUCAUCAAUCAGAUGUCAUGACCAGAGUUACGGAGGGAGUUAUCAAUGUGUGUGUGUGUGUGUGUGCGUGUGUGUGUGUGCGCGUGUGUGCGCGCGGGUGUGUGCGCAUGUGUGUGAACACAAAGCCCUUUCCCCUCCAUUAGACAUUACAGUUUCAAGUCUCAUCUCAGGAUUGUUCGAGGACUGUGAGAAACUGGACUGGACCAAUUAUUGUAUGUAGGAAUGUUCUUUGAGCGGCACAUAUUAUGGACCAUGCAGGAAUAUUAAAAAAGGUCUUACGGAUAGCCUUGAUGUUCAACCCUUCAUUGCUGGACAUUAAUAUUAUAUAGAUAUGUAGAGUGUUUUAGUCGCAAUCCAGGUGCAGUAUCCCAUUUCUUGAAAUCACUAGGUGCAGUGUCUCCCAUGUACGAACUUUCUAGCAGGGUAAUUUAUACUGUCUGAUACGUAAUGUCCAAAAUUUGUUUUCCGUGCUGUAGUGAGUAAAACAGCAAUAACAUAGGGUGGCACUCAGGUGAGAAAGAAGUUGCUUGCUCAGGAUGCGGGGCGUCUAGCUGGCUAGACACAACAGAGUGACUGGUGGCUAGAGGAGAGCAGCAAGUGUCAAACACCUUAUUAUAGAUGCUAUAUUUUUAAAUUGUCCCAUUUUUGUGAAAUCGCCUUUUCCAGGGCUCGGUGCUCAGGUUUUAUGUUGGUGAUUGAGAGGAGUGAUGUAUCAAAAGCCACUAGGUGGUGACACUUACACUUAACUUACUUUGCCUUGUGUUAUGUAAAUGUCAUGGCUCAAUUCCUUUUUCUUUUUUUUUUUAUACCCGAGGUAAUUUAUCCCAAGUUUCCCAUCACCAUCCAAAUCCCAAAAUGCCAGCAAUAUUACUUUUUUUGUCUGGUUGACUUUGAAAAGGGAUACUGCAUCUGUGGGAGCUUUAUUUUUAAUCCCUGUUUGAGUGUUUGUCAUUCAUCCCAAUGAUUUUACGGUUGAAAAAUAGCCAGCCAGGGUUGAAUUUAACGUUAAUGAUGUCAAGAUGUCAGCUCUAGUGUAUGCAGACGGCUGAGGUUCUACAUAAGGAAUAUAAGCCAGAGACAAGGCCACAGAGCAAUUAAGCCGCUCUUGGUUUUCAACAACCUCAUCUCAGUGUUAGUUACUCCUGUAUAUAAACAUCUGUAAAUGUAACGUGACCUGUUUCUGUCCUCUCUCUUUAACGUAGCGCACAGCUCUGACAGGGCCUCGAGCCUCUGUCACUGACGACCAGCCGACUGGUUGAAAAUGAGCAGGAAAUUCUUUAAUCUGUAUCACAUCAGUAUUGAACACUGCAGGAGGGCGUGGGUCAUACAAACCGAGUAGCACAAGGUGAAUCUAAAACUGUACUGAUGGAUAAAUUACCUUUUUGCUUGAAAGCUUUGGAAAGGCUUACACUUAGUUCUGAAAACAGCUGCUGCCUUUCCUUGAGUCUCCUUCAACUUUCUUCACUCUGUUUACGUUCGUAUGAAAUAACCUAGUGUAUUGUAAUGACUGGGUAAUCUGAUCAAGCUGUCAAUAACAUUGUCUUUCUGGCAUAUAUCCUGUGAAGUAUGAUUGUUGUAAAGGUUUAAUUUAAUUUUGAUUCUUUUUUUUCUUUGUAGCUGGCCUACAUGAUUAUUGAAUUAAUUUAUUAUGAAUGACUGGUGAGGAGCAGUGUUUUUUUUUUCUGUUUGUUUUUUUAUUUCAGGCAGCUUUAGAAAUGUUGUGACCUAUGAUUUCUCCUGAAAAGUAUUAUUGAAAGGAAGCACAAUGCAUUGGUAUGGAAAGAGGACAGUAUUUGUAUGUGAGAACAAAAGCAUUGUCAUAUCAUUGACUCUGAAAUGGACCAUUCAUCGUUUAAUCAUCAUUACAGAUGAAGUAUUGAUUUUGCAGACUUUACAUCAGUAAUUAGCAACAUCAGGUGUUCAUAAAUCUCUUUUCUUUCUUUUCUUUUUUAAAUCUCGACCUAGGUUAUAAGGAAUCUCUUCUGUUUCCAACCAAAAGCCAGUCAAGUGACUGUCACAACAGGGUAAAUAAGACUUAAAGCCUGGAGGCAUUUGUGAUGCCAAUUUCUGCAGUGGUUCCUUCCUCUCAUUUUUAAUCAAAAUUCCAGUUACUUACAUCUGAAUUUCAGUGAAAUUGUCUCUAACUGUGGACAUCAUGUCGCCUCAUCCCAUGUAUCAAACGUCUGUUUCUUUGUUACUCAUUUCCAACUCCCUUUCCUGUUGAAUGGCAUUAUGAUCAACCAAUCCCGUCAGUUUCCUGUAUUAUCCAGUGUACAGUGCAAUGGGUAUCUGGGAGAAUAAAAUCAGAGCAAACAACUGCAUGGAAUAAAUGCUGAUGUACUGUAC